AUGCAAGCGUCGGAUGCCGCCAGUCUCCAGAAUAGCACGCGUCUGAUUCCUCCCUCCUCUAAAUUCUCCCAUCUCAGCGCAGACAACACCGGUUUCUCGCACGGCGCGUACACCUCCAACAACCUCUCGCUGCCGGGCUUUGCGGACCGCCACCCGCGUCGUGCCAACAUUCCAGCUAUCAACACUGCUACCGCGGGUCACAACUCGGACAUGGCCGCCUCCGGAACCACGUUCGACAUGAACUUUACCCCCCUCCUUCCCUCCCAGUUGCUCCUGGGCAGUCCCUUUCAGCCGGGCACCCCGUCCGCCUUUGCCUCGCCGCAGUUUACCAAUUUCGGCGGCUUUCCUCAGGGGAAUGGCGCCCAGAACCCGCAGAACCAGCUGGGAAGCCCGACUCAGGCUCACCAGAACCUGCCCUCCAGCCUCUACUCCGGCCUGAUGGCCGCCGAUGGCCUCGGCGGCUCCCAGCUGCUCGGGGGCCCGCAGUCCCCCAUCAACGGGUUGGGUCCCUUGGGCGGUGCGGCGGCGUACGGCAGCCCUGCCGCCUCCGUGACCCCGGGGCUGCUGUCAGGCACCAGCCGCACCGUCUACCUGGGUAACAUCCCGGCCGAAACCUCGGCCGAGGAGAUUCUGAACCACGUCCGCAGCGGCCAGAUCGAAUCCGUGCGCCUCCUGCCGGACAAGAAUUGCGCCUUCAUCUCCUUUCUGGACAGCAGCUCCGCCACACACUUCCACUCGGACGCCAUCCUGAAGAAGCUGGCCAUCAAGGGCAACGACAUCAAGAUCGGUUGGGGCAAGCCGUCCCAGGUGCCCACCUCGGUUGCGCUGGCCGUGCAACAGUCCGGGGCGUCGCGGAACGUGUAUCUGGGAAACCUGUCCGAGGAUGUCUCGGAAGAGGAGCUGCGCGAGGACCUGGGCAAGUUCGGCCCCGUCGACACCGUCAAGAUCGUCAAGGAGAAGGCCAUCGGCUUCAUCCACUUCCUCUCCAUCAGCAACGCCAUGAAGGCCGUCGCCCAGCUGCCCCAGGAGGCCAAGUGGCAGGCGCCGCGCCGCGUCUUCUACGGCAAGGAUCGCUGUGCCUACGUGUCCAAGACGCAACAGCAGAAUGCCGCCCAGUUCUUGGGUAUCGCCCCCGGAUACGCCCACAUCCUCAACUCCGCCGAUCGGGACCUCAUCAGCAACGCCCUCGCGCAGCAGUCGGUCGCCGCCGCCGCCGUGGCCACCACGGCAGGCGGGGUGAACAAUCUGGGCAACCGCACCAUCUACCUGGGCAACAUCCACCCGGAGACCACCAUCGAGGAGAUCUGCAACGUCGUCCGGGGCGGUCUCCUGCAUCAUAUCCGCUACAUCCCAGACAAACACAUCUGCUUCGUCACCUUCAUCGACCCCACCUCGGCCGCCUCCUUUUACGCGCUGAGCAACCUGCAGGGGUUGAUGAUCCACAAUCGUCGGCUGAAGAUCGGCUGGGGCAAGCACUCCGGGCCUCUUCCGCCCGCCAUUGCCUUGGCCGUCAGCGGCGGGGCCUCGCGGAACGUCUACGUGGGCAACCUGGAUGAGUCGUGGGCGGAGGAGCGCCUCCGCCAAGAUUUCUCCGAGUACGGGGAAAUCGAGCUCGUCAACACCCUGCGGGAGAAGAGCUGUGCGUUUGUCAAUUUCACCAACAUCGCCAACGCCAUCAAAGCGAUCGAGGGCAUGCGCAACCGCGACGAGUACAAGCGCUUCAAAAUCAACUUUGGCAAGGAUCGAUGUGGGAAUCCCCCACGACAGGUCAACAAUCACGGGCAGCAGCAGCAGCAGCAGAACCGGAACGGCGCGGGAGGAGGCAUCGACGGCCCGCCGUCUCCCUCACCGGCUCUCAACGGGUUUCCGCAGACAACCCUCAGCCAGUCGGCCUCCUCGUCCAGCCCGACUCGCUCCGCUCUCUCGCCUGCCCCCGGCUCGACCGGUUCGCAGAACGGCCACCAGAACCACCGACAUCAUCUUCAGGGCAUCUCCGCCCCCUCCGGCAUCCUCAAUGUGGGCGCCAAUAACCCCUUGACCAUGUACUUGAACCAGAUGUCCGCCCAUCAAGGUCAGGAACAGGAUCCGCGUUUGACCGACCAAAUGACCCUCGCCGCCCUGCAAUCCCAGCAGCAGCAGCAGCAGCAGGUACAACCACAACAAUCAGUAUCUCCCGCACCGCCAUCCCAACAGCCAUCGUAUCCCAGUAAUGGCACCGGCAACCUGACCAACGGCAAUAUGGAUGCCCCGAUGCACCAGCACAAGCCUUCGGGUAACGGGUUCCUGAAUGUGAAUGGCACCGGCGGUGCGAGUCACCACCACGCCACCGCAAGCACCAGCACCCUGAGCGUGCCUCGCGCACAACACUCGCGAGCCGUCAGUCUGCCUUCCUUCUCCCAGGAGCCCUUCGGCCCUGUAUCGGGACAGGCAAUCUCCUCUCGUUCAGGGAUCAACCACCAGCCGCAGGGUAGCUUCUCCGGGUUCGCCUCGGCCCUGGGAGGGUUGAACCACUCCGGCUUUGGUUUGGCUAUCCAGAAUGAAACAUCCCUGCCUGGCUGGGCCGAAGAAGAGAUUGGGGCCAAAUAA